AGCGCCCCUGCGGGUCCCGAUUGCUGCAGCCGCUUGUCAGUGUGACGAAGAUUGGCAGCGGAUACUGGCUCAGUAGCCCUGUCCCCUGUCAGCGUGAUGUGAAAGGCCAAGGGGCAGUGUAUCAUGAUGUCUGCUGAGAGACUGGACAUGGACAAUUACUCCGAGGAACAGCAGCUACAAGUCAUCACUCAAUUUAAAACUGAGGAAGAUCCAGUGUGUGUCAAUUCCUCUGCUCCAUCUCCUAUGUCUGGGGAUAAUCUGAUGGAGGCCGACAAACAGUCCAUAUACAGGCACCCACUCUUUCCCCUUCUUGCUCUGCUCUUUGAGAAAUGUGAAGGCUGCACCCAGGGAGCAGAAGGCACAACAUCCGCCAGCUUUGACUUGGAUAUUGAUACAUUCGUCAGGCGCCAUCACAAGGAGGGAAAGGAUUUCUACUCUAAUGACCCAGAGACUGACAGCCUGAUGGUGAAAGCUAUACAAGUGCUGCGGAUCCACCUGUUGGAGUUGGAGAAAGUGAAUGAGCUCUGUAAGGAUUUCUGCAGUCGCUACAUCUCCUGCUUGAAAACUAAAAUGAACAGUGAGACACUGCUGAGUGGGGAAGCUGCUGGCCCGUACUCACCUGUGCAGAGUGGGAUCAGCGGGGCCCUCAGCUCGCAGGGAAUUGUAGUUCCAGCCUCAGCUUUGCAGCAAGGGAACGUGGCUGUGGCAACAGUGGCAGGGGGCACAGUGUACCAGCCUGUGACUGUUGUGACCCCACAGGGACAGCUUGUGGCUCAGGCUCUGUCCCCUGGCACCAUUCGUUUUCAGAACUCUCAGCUGCAGUUACAGCUCAGUCAGGAUCUGGGGUUUCUGCACUCAGACGAGGGCUCAGGAAAGAACAAGCGAGGAGUCCUUCCCAAACAGGCCACUAACGUCAUGAGAUCCUGGCUCUUCCAGCACAUUGGGCACCCGUACCCCACAGAGGAUGAAAAGAAGCAGAUUGCUAUUCAGACAAACCUGACGCUGCUCCAGGUUAAUAAUUGGUUUAUCAACGCCAGGCGCAGAAUCUUACAGCCCAUGUUGGACUCCAGCAGCAGCAGCAGCGAGACACCAAAAGCCAAGAAGAAGAGUGGGCAGAGUCGUCCGGUGCAGAGAUUCUGGCCUGACUCCAUUGCUGGGGGGGCAUCACAGCCGGACACAGACAUUACUAUUUCUGAUGGUACAGUCGUGACACUCUCAGCCCCCGGGGGUCUCACAACAGACAGUUUGCAGUCAUUGACAUCAGAUGGAGCCACGCUGGCUGUUCAGCAGGUCAUGCUGGGAGGGCAAAGUGAUGACGAAUCAUUGGAUACAGAUCAGGAGGAAACAGACACUGGAAUCAGUGAGGGGGAGCUGAGGGGACUGGUGCUGAGUGCUGGGGGGCUCCAGUGACUGCUCAGUAGUGAUUCAUGGGUUUCAUUUGAGGGGCGCACCUUUAAUCUGAUGAAUUGUACCCACAGUGUGCCCUCCCUCACUGCCACAAUCAACGUGUCCUUCACUUGUGACGACUUAUUUUGCACCUUAAUAAGUGGACUCCGGCUUCUAUGGGUCACUUGCCACGAGACCCUCGUCUCCUAGAGCCAAGGGGAAGUGACCCAAACAGACCAGGAGCGGGGGAUGUAAUGUGGACAAUAAAGGGCUCCCCCAGCCCAGAAAGGGGAAUUUUGUAUCAUGUGUAGGUCACUACCAGUCAAGUGUAUGGUCAGGCCGCUAUGGCUGGAUUUUUUAUUUGUUUUUGAGUUAUUGUGCCAGGGCAUCUCGAGAAAGUUGUUGGUGAUUUCCAUGCCGACCCUUAAUAUCCAUCAAUUGUACCAGUUAUGGUGCCAACGAGUCUGGAGAAAGAGUUCUAGGUGACUGGCUCUCACAUUGGGCUGCCAUGAUUCACUUGCCAAAUCUUACAGCCCAUCAAUUGCACAAGUUAUGGUGCCAGUGAAUCUUGAGAAGAAAUGGUGGGAGACUCUGGUUUCUGACUGAUGCCGACUCCUACAGUGCAUGGAGUGUGUGAGUUAUGGUGCCCAUGUGUCUGCAAUAGGAGCCGCACUCUGGGUCCUGCACUGGGCCACCAUAAUUUGUUUCCCAACUAUAGUAGCCCAAAUGUUGGCUGAUUUUACUCCCCUAAUGAUAGAACUGUAUUUUUGUAGGGUUGUGAGAAAAUAAACCUUGAAAGAUCUAA